CGAUUGUACAGGUCGUAGUUUUCGCAUUUUACAGCCGUCCGUCUUCGGUCACAUCACAUUUUGUUGUUGUCGCGGUCGGAAAAGUGCACGGAGUUACGGUCGUCGAUUCGUCGAUUUUCCGUUAAAUACAGCAUAUAAAUUCCAAAACAAAUGUGCGCACUCGCCGCCGCCGCAAACGCAUCGCAAUAAGAUGUUUUCCUACCCGUGUACAAACAACACAAUUCGCAUCUAAACGCAAACGUCGUUGUCGCAUUAUUACAGCUACAAAAGGAGCAGAGUGGCAUACAAAAUAAUAUCGUUGCAAAAAAAAAGUGAAAUUAAGUGUUUUAAACAACAGGAAAAGAAACCAUAAAAAAAACAUGAACAUGACAUGGCCGCGUCUCGUUUACACAAUAACUCAAAAUUAAUUUAAUAUGCUGGCAAAUGAGCAAAGCGAAAAGCAAGCUAAAAGGCUUUGAAUUGCGAAGGAGCUCCUGAACGGCUGCUUUUAUCGCCAUGGCCGCCGCAUCUGCUGGCCAGCAACAGCAGCAACAUCAGCACCAGCACAAGCUGAACAUAGCUGGGAGUGCUGAGACGGUGGUCAGCGGGAUGCAUCAUCAGCAGCAACAUCAGCAGCAGCAGCAGCAUCCACAGAUCAAUAUGUUCAAGCAGCAGCAGCAAAUGUUGCCUCUGCAGCAGCAACAUCAUCAGUUUUUCCAGCAGCAACAGACGAAAUUUGUAUCGCGGGUCGUUACAAGUGCGGCGGUGCAUCAGCAGCAGCAGCAGCAUCAUCAGCAGCAGCAGCAACACCACCAACAGCAGCAACAGCAACAGAUAUUACCAGCUGGCUUGGUAAACGGCAAUGGUAGCGGCAACAUGAUGCAAGUAGCAAAUCUGCAUCUGCAGCAGCAACAACAGCAGCAGCAGCGAAACAGUCAGCAGCACAUAUUUGUCUGCCCCACCAGCAACCAGCAGCUCCUUUUGCAACAGCAACAGCAGCAGCAGCAACAACAGCAACAAACCAAACAGCGCCAGGCGCAAAUAAAGUUGCCAAUAAAGUCAGCGGCAACAACGGGAGUAACGGCGGCAACUGUUGCUGCUGCAACGGCUGCUACUGGGGCAACGCAUUGCAUGUCGACAACAAUUGCGGCGCGUCAAAUGAGUCAGAACAAUCAGCUCUAUGCCAAGAAUGUUGCCAAAGCCAACAAUGCCAGUAGCAAUGGCAAUAUCAACAGGAAGACGGCCACUAGCUACAAUGGAAAUUUGGCCCCCGGCUGGCGUCGCUUGACCAACAACAAUGAGGUGGCCUAUAUCAGCCCCUCGGGCAAAACGCUGCGCACGCAGUUCCAGAUCAAGGACUAUCUGCUCACACAGGGUACCUGCAAGUGCGGCCUGCCGUGUCCGCUGCGCCCGGAGUACCUAUUCGACUUUAAUGCCCAGGUGCCCAACCAGCCGCUCAAGUUGCCAACGGAGGCGUCAACGGUGACGCCAACACCUUGCCUGCACCAGCGGCGAUUUCUUGAAUCUCAGCAGCUUCAGCUGCCACAGCAGCAGCAGCAACAGCAACAUCUACAGCAUCAGCAGCAGCCACAACAGGCUGUCAAAGAUGUAUCUGUAGCCGUAGCCGUAUCCGUAUCUGGGCCAGCAGCUGUCAGCGAUGUGUUCUCCACGCUGAUGACAUCGACAGCGAGAACGGCGACGAUGGCGACACCAACAGCAGCAACAUCACCAGCCCAGGCGGCAACAACCACCACACAUGAAAUGGCCAACAAAGACGCUGAUUGCCACAAAUACGGCAAUAACAAAUUACCUGCCACAAACCGGACGGCGACCACGCCCACGCCAGCUCCAACGCCCCCGCCUCAGCAUCCGAAUGCGAUGCCAACUAGUCAAGCAUUAGCAUUAGGCGGAGUUCCAGUUGGCGGCCAUCCCAAGCGUCCAGCUGGGGGCCAUGUGAUAAAGCAACCCGCCACCGUUCUUGGGCCACCAUCCACGCCGCCCUUGGCUGUUGGUGGAGCCAACACAGUCAUCCAACAGCAGCAGCAGCUACAGCAACAUCCAAACUUUAAGGACGAUCCUGCUGGCUAUCUGCAACAGCAAACAGCACUGUUGCAUAACAGCCUUGGAGUCGGUUUGGAGGCAACGAAAACGGCGGCUGGAACUUCCACUGCGAGAGCUCUGCCACAGGAACCCAUUGUUCACAGCUCGCAGCAGCAACAGCAGCAGCAGCAGAUGCAGCGUCAAAAGAUCCGUCGUCUGUCGCUCUUUGGAAAAUGGGAAACGGAUCCAGCACCUGCCACCAAUUCCCAACCAACAAAUGGAACACGAGCACUGCAAGUGGAUGCUGCCGCCUUUGCACGACCUCAAAAACCACAGGUCACUUGCGUAACGCUGGUGCCACCUCCACAGGAGUCUCCAGUAUCGAGUAGUGCAGCCGAGACUCUAGAGAAGCGACCCGAGCAGGUGGGAGCCAUAUCCACCAGUCUCGAGAGUCCGCGGCAGAGUCUGUCGUCGCCCACGGAUUCGGUUGACUCUGCAAAGAGCACGCCUUCAGCUUCACCCAAACCCCAAACACAAGUCCCAAUGCAGCCGCAGUUGCUGCAGAUGCGCCCGCAUCUCCAGGCCAAUCUUUCCGCUCAAGCGCCCGUCACCGUGCCCGCCCAUGUACGUGUCAUGCGUCAGCAGCAGGCUCAGAUCAUUCCCGGCCAACGAUUGCCAGUGGCUAGCAGCAGUGCUGCGAUGGCCACGAUGACCAGGAGCAUAGUGACGUCCACGGCGGGAACGAGUACGAUUACAGGGCGGCCUGUGGCCACCACGUUAACCAGCUCGAAUCCCACUGUGGCGCAGUUGCAAUCCAUGGCGAAUGCCAUGAAUGGAGCAGGUGGUGGUGGACAAUUGAUAAUGACUUCUUCGGGACAACUACUGGUCAUACCGACGCCCAGCAAGCAGACAACGCAACAUCAUCGCCCAGGUCAGCCCGGACAAGGUGUCAUCAUCCAGCAGCAGCAGCCGGCGGAGUUGCAUCCUCAACCGGGUGGUGGUUAUAUAGUCAGCCAGCCCUCUCCGGUGGCGGCGGCAAGCUCCAGCAGUAGCAGCAGCACUGUGAUCCUAAACUCCGGUGGAGCCAAGUUGCUGCACCACCAGAUCAUCACCUCGCAGGCUGGACAGAUUAAUCAGGCGACUUCGGGAGGAGCAGGAAACCAGCCGCAGACGGUUCUGCUCAACACACUGCCCAAUGGAGGUUACAUCGUCCAGCAGCAGCCGCAAACGCAGUCGCCACAGCAGGCAGAACAGAUCCUGGCGAUGCCGCAACCGCCUCCGGCGCAAACACUUAUCAUCAGCUCGCCGGACACCAAGAGGAGAGCGCGGAAGCGCAAAAGUUCUGUAUGCCAUACACCGCCGCCAAGUGGAUCGCCCGCCAAAAUCAUUUCGCCUCAGAUCUCGCCCAGCAUCCCAAGCCAGGCACCAGGCACCCUGCUUCACCAGCAGGCAGCUGCAGCGGCGGCUGCUGCUCCUCAAUUCCAGCAACAAUUCCAAUUGAGUCCUAGCAUUCAGGGAAUUGUGGUAAACAAACCUAAUCCUCCUCAGCAACCACAGACGCAGCAGCUCCUGCUCCAGAACGGGCAAAUCUUGCAACAGGUUAAUCUCAUUGGACAGCAGCUGCUAAUGCCCGCCGGGUUGGUAAUGGGACCAGAUGCCACACUGUUACAGAUCCAGAAUAUGCCCGCAACAAGCUUGAUGACACCGCAGGGUCCCGUGAUGUUGAGAACGCCAUCCCCACAGAACAAGCCCUCUUUCAUUUCCCCGAGUGCCGGAGGCCAACAGUACUUAGUGGGUGCCAAUGGCCAGUUGAGUCCCAUCGGUCAGAUCUACUCCACGCCCAUGGGUCUGGUCAUGCCAACCGGUCAGCAGGGAGGUGCAUCCUUUGUGCAGGCUAGUCCCACGACAACAACUAUACAGAUCCAACAACAGCCAGCCCCGCAGCCCACGCAGAUCAGUUUGCAGCCAGCACAGGCCACCUACAUGACAGAGACGGUGAUGAGUCGCCAGGGAACGGCCGCCAGUCCGCCGGACACAACUACCUGUAGUCCAAGAAGUCCGGAGCGACCUUCCAGCCAUCGCAGCAGUGGUAGCGAUAUGGUACAAUGUGUAUCCAGUUCGGAGCCGGAUGCAGCUGUCUCUCCCCAAAGUACUGAGAGCCGGCAGUCGCCCUCUUCAACGGACUGUGAGAGGAGCAUUUGUAAGAACAAUGUGUUUACCCAGCCCAGUGGGAUCUACAAGCACUCGGAGCCAAAGAUCAGACGCAUCCACAUCACCUCACAGACGUCGGCGGAGAACGGAAUUAGCCUGAUGCAGGGACAAGAGUCGCCCACGACAACGCAGCUGCUUUCAUCAGUUCCAACCGCUCAAGCAACGGUCGAGAAGACGUCGGUCAGGACGCCCACGAAACGUUCGCGCCGCCCGCAACGAGGGGCAGUGCGUGCGGCGCCCUCUGCGUCCGAUAGAAGUUUCCCGCUGCCACCUCGAUCAUUUGCCAUUGGGGAACUGAUAUGGGGUCCGGCUCGGGGCCAUCCCGCCUGGCCCGGAAAGAUCGUCAAGAUGCCAGACGGAGUGUGCACGCCGUCGCAGCAGUUCGACCACGUCUGGGUUCAGUGGUUCGGCGGCGGCGGUCGUUCGACCUCCGAGCUGAUUCCGGUCAACUCAUUGCAGAGUCUCUCCGAGGGUCUGGAAGCACAUCACAAGGCCCAGAAGGAUACGAGAAAGAGCCGCAAACUGAACUCGCAGCUCGAGCGGGCCAUACAAGAAGCAAUGACUGAGUUGGAUAACAUUUCAGCCUCCUCGACACCCGCAGCCACAUCCUCGUCAUCAGCAACCAUCGCUGCUGUUCCCGCAUCAGCAGGACCAGCUGUAAUUGGCGGACAACAGCAGUAUCAGCAGCAGCAGCAGCAGCAGUCGCCCUCUUCAACGAACAACAAAAUAAAUGGACUCGCGCGGAGCAAGCGCCAGGCCAACACAAGUGGGGCCAGCAUGGUGCUGACCACCAGCACGGCGGCCACAUUGAGUGGCCUCUUCAAUCAGCAGCGAGCCAAACCCAUACGCAUUGCUCCGGCUCCACCGGUGGCCACAACGGGCACGGGCAACAUUGGGACGAUAGCAGCAGCUGGAGCUGGAGCAGCUUCAACUGGAACCGGGACAGCGACCACUCCGGCCCGUUCCGAGAUCGUGAAGCUGGCCAAAUGACCAGCGCUGUCGACGUUGUCGUCGACAGUGAGCACAGCCAGCUACACCCUCGUUAUCGGGCAUAAGUAGUGGGCAGCAGGGGGAUACAAACCGCCAGGCCAUACAUAUAGAGCUAUCCAUACAUAUGUGACGAAACGAGUAUAGAGUUUAGUGUUAGGUGUCAGGCCUCAGCUUUGGAGUUUGUUGUUUUGUAUUCUUUGACAGACUCCCCGCUUAGUUGCGUCGCUGGGCGGCGCGCGCCACACUUUCGAAAUAGACAAUAAAACAGCAAGAUGAUGUUAAUGAAAAUCAAGUUACAAAGAGCAGUUCUAACAAUUAGCGAUAGGUUUUUGGCUUCAUAGACAGCGCUUCGGCGCAAAUUUGCGUUGUUUUGUAUAUAGUAAGCACCCCAAGCUACCAAGAUGUUUCGUAUUAAGUAUUUAUUUAUUGCAUAUAGAUCCUUGGUUUUUAUACGUUUUGUUUUCGUUGCAAUUUAUAGACCUACCGAUUAUUUGUAUAAAUAGGUAACCUAAGCUGAUACUUAGCCACUAAGUUUAAAGAACAUCCACAAACAACAAUUAAAUUUGCCUUGUCAGGCAAAUGAUAUCAAAUCAAAAACAGCUACUGAUUUUCAUUUAUUGUGAUUGCACAAAUUGUUUUUUAAACUCUAGAAGAACAAAUUAUUUAUGUCAAACACAAAAAGAUAAAAAUCAUGAGAAAAUUAGGAAGGGUUGAGAAAAAUUAUAUUUAUAAAUUGUUAUUAUUUAUUUAGUUGAAACUAUUGUAAAAUUAUAAUUGUAAAACAAAAAUGAAAUCACACUUAGCGAAACCACACGGAGCAAAUAAAAAGUAAAAAACAAAAGAUA